UGGAACUAUAGAUACACCCUCAGACCGAGUCGACAUCCCUUCUUGUAUAGUGGGAUCACCACCCUUGUUCCUGUCCCAAGCCAUCUCAUCAUGGCUCCCCACUACUCAUCCGACCAUCUCUCCGACCAUCUCUCCGACAUCCUUCGGCUCUAUCCCGAUGAAGAACCCUGGUGUGCCGGCUACGCCCCCUCCCAGGGACGUCGCUGUCAUGCCUCCACCAACGCCGCAAACCGCAGUCAGGCACGUCGCCUCCUCGACCAAGGGACCAGAAUGAUUCAGGCUGGGCACUGUAUCGAUAAACUGCUCGAUAACCUUGCUCCACUGGUGCUCUGCAAGAGGUGGCAUCAGGGUCAGGCUUCUGGUUUGGCCGAUCGAUGGAUCUUACGAGUCAGUGAGUACCUGGAAAAGCAGAAGCCGACAAGGCAGCCACAGCCACAGCGACGACCGCAAUCACAAUCCCAACCUCGGUUCCAAUCACCGCAGCGAUCACAUUCACAGGCGGCAUAUGAUGUUUCCGAUUUCUCGAACCGACUCGCCGAGCUCGAAAGACAGGUGCAGGCUGCCGAGAAGGAGGCGGAGAAGGCACGUCGGUGGGAGGAGAGGGCCGAGAGGGCCGAGAGGGAAGCCGAGCGGAUCAGGCAGAUUACUGAGGACUUGGUGAGAAGAAGCGUGGCAAUGGGGUUCGCCAGGGGACAAGAAGAAGCAGGAAGAAAUGCAGCGGCGACUGGACAAGUGAAUGGAACCCGGAGAGAGUCACAAAUGGGUGGUUUGAUGUCGGUAUCCCGAGAAGAUGCUCGUGGACGGGACGUUGCGAUCACCCUGCAGACCAGCACCACGACGACUCUGAGCGCAGGGUCGCAGGCUAACCCAAACACCACCACUUCCAGGGUGCAAAGAGCAAGCAAUGAGACCGCCACUUCGGCUCAGACUGGGCAACGUGCUAUCAAUCCAGUCUCUGUAUCCAAUAGCAGCGGCAGUGCACCAGUUACUUCACCCCCUGUCGAGCAACGUGCUGUCAAUACCAGCUCUGUAUCCAGCACACCUGAUAACAACAGGGCCAACACCACCCCGGUUACUUCAUCCUCUGCUGAGAGGCGCGCGGUCAAUGUGGCAUCUGUAUCCGUUACCAGCAACAGCAACGCAUCAGCCAUCCCAUCCCCCGUUAGCUCUGCAUCCAGUGCGCCUGAUAGCAACACAGAUAGUACCGCACCAGUCACUUCACCCUCUGCUGAGCGGCAUGCACUCAGUGUGGCCUCUGUGGCCGAUGCCGAUACCAGCAACGCACCAGCUACUUCAUCCCCUGCCAACACUGCAUCCAGUGCUCCCGAUAGCAACACAACUAGCAGUACACUGAUUACUUCUGCGACUGAGCUACCUGCUGCCAGUGCGGCCUCUGUAUCCAGCACCACCGAUACCAACUCCAGUGCACCAGAUACUCCCUUGCCUUCCGAGCAAGCUAGUGUCGAAUCCAGUCUCAGCACCAGCAGUACCAACAGUACCAGCGACACAACCAGCACAAUCAACCCUACCACCACAGAUAUUGACACUCCCAACACAACAACAACUACUAUUACUACACCAGCAACUCAAGAAUCCCCUACUCCCCCAACCGAACGAGACACAACCCCUCAAGAAACACCAUCUCAGCCCAUCCCAAUCAUCCACACUCAACCCACUCUAACAUCCCCUCCGUCCUUCGCACCUCUCUCUCCCAUUCCAACAACCAUAUCCGCACACGGCAAAACCCGCCAACCCAUCGACGGCGACUGCUGCAUAUGCAUCUUUCCUCUACGAGACAGCCCCAACACUAACGACACCGACAACAUCCUAGUCUGGUGCCAGAAACAAUGCGGUGUCAAUAUCCACCGCUACUGCAUGGACGCAUGGGUCGCCUCCUCAUUGAGUCGAAGGAUUGAUGCAACAUGUCCCAUGUGUCGGGCACGAUGGUAGAAUGCUUCUUCCUCUUCUUCUUUUCUCCCUUUCUUAGUGGUUUACUAUUGAUGGCGUUAUUGUUGGUGUUGAUGUCUGUGUUCUUCUUCUCGAUUUCCAAUAUCCCCAUCACUAGUUAUCCAGCGUUAUGAUUGAAACCGGUAUGACAUGACAUGAUAUGAUACGAUCUCACAAAUUAUGAUGAAAUCUGAUGACUGACGUUUUCUCACUCUGGUAUCGACGUGGAUGAAGAUUACCUUUGAUAGAUAGUAUUUCGUACAUGUACCGACCACUGCAUCCCAAUGCACGCCGAUUCCUCCCCAUCUGUCCUCCCCUUCGUACACCCUAGUACCUACCUAGCUAUACCAUACAUCAAUACA